AUGAAUUCAUUUCAAUUUCAAUCGUUUAAUGAAGCAUUAGAUUUAAUUGAAUCAGAUAUUAAUAUAGAAACUAAUCUAUAUUAUGAUGAUGAACUUGAUCCAUGCUAUGAUGAUGAAUUAAUUGCUUCUAUUAUUCGGUAUCGUUUAGACCGUCCAUCUCUAUCUAUAAACAUUCAUCCAAAGUCAGAUCACUGGUAUUCGACCAUUUUAUUUAAUUAUGAUAAUGUUAGAUUUCGUAGAACUUUACGAAUGAAUAAAUCAUCAUUUUGGAUGAUUGUUGAUAAAAUAAAAGAUCAUAAAAAUUUUAAAAAUAUUCCAAAUAAUAAACAAAAUUCUGUAGAAAAACAACUUGCUGUAACUUUAUAUAGAUUAGGUUGUAAAGCGACAAUAUGGGACAUUUGUUCUAAAUUUGGAAUAGCUGAAGGUACUGUUCCAUUAUUUACAUCUAGAGUCAUUGAAGCUAUUAAAUUUUUAAAAAAAGAUGUAAUAAUCUGGCCACGUGGAGAUUAUCGACAAAAAGUUUAUGAAGGUUUUAAAAAUUUACAUGGUUUUCCAAAUGUAAUUGGUGCAUUAGAUGGAUCUCAUAUGAAUUUAUUUGAAGCACCAAGCAAACGUAAUAAAGAUGUUUAUUUUACAAGAAAGCGACGGUAUGCUAUUCAUCUUCAAGCUGUUGUGGAUCAUCAAGGACUUUUUAUAAAUUAUGAUGUAGGAUAUCCUGCAUCUGUUCAUGAUGCGAAGGUAUUUUGGAACUCUAGUUUAUACUGUUAUAGAAAUCAAUUGUUUGAAGAUAAUGAUUAUAUAUUGGCAGAUUCUGCCUACCCAAUUUCUUUAAAUAUUAUUCCUUCAUUUAAAAACCCUUCAGAUUCGAGACAAACUUCUUUUAACAAAAAGCAUAGUAAGACUCGUGUUGUGGUUGAGCAGGCUUUUGGCCGUUUAAAAAAAAGAUUUCAAUUAUUAACAGAAUUACGAACAAAAAAUACUAAAAUAGCUACUGAAUUAAUAGAGACAUCUUUGAUUUUACAUAAUUUAUUAGAAAGAGAUGGUGACGAAUGGGAAGAAUCUUCAGAAAGAGUUGUAAUGUAUCGGAUACAGUAUGAUAAUAAUAAUAAUUCACGAAGGUACCAAGCAAUUAAAGAAGCGGGAAAAAUAAAAAGACAAAAUUUAAUGGAUUAUAUAUUAAGUUAG